GUGGGGUAGACUCGUUCGUUGGAUUCAGUGAUUCAACUAUAUUGUCGGUGGAAAAACCAAUGCUCUCUGAACACCCUUGGGAGCAGUAACACAACUACCCCAUAAACCCAAAAACACAGUGCUCUGAGAAAGGUACCAUUUUUAGGUUUUUUUUCUCAAUCUCAACCAUGGAAGUGAAGAGGAGGCAGAAGAUGGUGAUGGGUCUGAUUCUGUUGUUGUUCUUUGCUUCGGAUGCGAGUGCUUGGACUGGUGAAAUUCAUGGAAGAGUUAUUUGUGAUGUUUGUGGGGAUUCUUCUCUUGGACCUGAAGACCAUGUUCUUGAAGGUGCUGAGGUUGCUGUUCUAUGCAUCACCAAAUCUGGGGAGGUUCUAAAUUAUCAGGCAUUCACAGACGCUAAGGGGAUAUAUACAGUGGCAGAGACAAUGCCUGAGAGCGAUCGUUGGGAUGCGUGUCUUGCCCGACCCAUCAGUAGUUUCCAUGAGCACUGCACUCAACUUGGUGAGGGUAGCUUGGGUGUGAAAUUCAGUUACAAUCACCCAUCAGGAUAUUCACACACUGUCAGGACCUUUGUUUAUAGACCCAUCAGUGUUCCAACAUACUGCAUUUGAUAUAUACUAGCUUUUUCUCAAUCUAGUGGUGCUUAUGCUUGGUAGAACUCAAAUAAAACUAAUGAAUGUAUGAGCAUAUUUUCUUUAUACUAUAUUUUCUGUAGUGGUGUCUGGUAUGUAUUUAUUAUUUCAACAUAGAGCUUAGUCAAAGUAGAGCAUGAAACGUAUUUAAAUAAUUGUAUAUGGCAAUUUCGUUGAGAGUAAUGCAAAAUCCUUGUUAAUGGCAUUAUCGUUGAGAGUAGUCCAAUGAUCCCAACUCCCAAGGCUUAAAUAUGUAAUUUUUUUUUUCAUGCAUAUACAUGA